AUGAUUAUAUUACAAAGACCACUAACAUGUUCUGUCAUCGAACUAGGCUCUGGUGUUGGUAUAACUGGAGUGCUUUGCUGUAGAUUCUGUCGUGAAGUGGUGAUGACAGAUCAUAACAAUGAAGGUCUCAAGAUAAAGCUGCAGGAAUCUUCAGAUGAUUCUAUGUGUUGUAAAUUAAAAGCCGAGAAGCUGGAAUGGGGUAAGUCAAAUCCGCUGAAUUGCAUAUUACAAGGGCAUCCAGAAGGAUAUGAUUUAGUCCUUGGAGCUGACAUUUGUUUUCAGCAGGGAAAUGUUCCUUUGCUUUUUGAUACUGUUGAGGGCUACCAUGCAGAUUUAAUCUGGCCCAUGUUUCACGAGCAAAAGUCAGGGAUGCUAUGGUCAUCAAUGAAGCAAUUCGGCAUGGUCUGCAGAUAA